ACAUUGAACGCGAACGCCCCCGUUUAUUGCGAGUUGGCCAUCGAUCGGGUGCGCUCAAACCCCGUUUUCAGGCAACACGACUUCACCUUUUUUCAUCUAUGUGUUUUGUGUUUUAUCGAUCGAACAAAUAAACGUGAAACUUGGUACUUCCAAGAAUUAUACUGUUGCGAGACGGCAGUCUCGACAAAGUACUCUAACCGGCGCUCCCCCACCGACCACAGUUACCGGGCCAACGCACAUACUGGUGGUCGAACGUAACCACCUCGCUGUCGGUGCAGUGCUGUUUGGAACCAAAGCUCGCAGCAGCAGUAAGGCGACGCGUCAGCCUCAGCCAUGGUGAAGCACACGACCGAUACCAAUGGCAUCGGGUACGAGUGGGAGUACGCCAAAGUUAAGGACGACCGAACGAUAUGGCAGAAGAUCGUCAUGGGCAUCUACAACCCUAACACGCACGAAGUACUAGGACGUUCUUUAAGAAGCUGGGGUGGUAUCUUAUUAUUCUAUUUAGUAUUUUAUUCUUCCUUGGCUGUAUUAUUUGGAAUUUGUUUAAAACUACUAUUGUCUACCCUUGACGAACGUACACCUCACUUCACUCUUUCAAAUUCAAUAAUCGGCACCAACCCUGGCCUCGGAUUUCGCCCAAGGUCUCGUAACGUCGAAGAUGGUUCACUUAUUUAUUACGAAGCCAAAAAUUCGACUAACGUUGACACCUGGGUUAAUUCUUUGGACGAUUUUUUAGCCGUGUACAAAAAUAAAACCCUAUUGCCAGACGGAGGAAGCAAUCAACAACAAGGAUGUAAUCACCACUUCUACCCAGAAAACGGAAAAGUAUGCGAUUUCAGAGUAGAUAUCAAUAUGGGAAACUGCACGUCCGAAAAGAAAUACGGAUAUCCUGAUGGUCAGCCAUGCGUUUUCAUUAAGCUCAACAAGAUUUUCGACUGGAAACCCGAAUUUUAUAACAUGUCAAAUCUUCCAGAUGGAAUGCCAAAAGAUCUUAAAAACACUAUUUCUAAUAAAUUAUUCAACGACCCCAAUGAGGUAAAUACCGUAUGGGUGAGUUGCGAAGGUGAAACGCCUUCCGAUAGGGAAAACAUUGGACCGAUUGAUUUACAUCCAGAAGGAUUCCCUGGCUACUAUUAUCCAUUCACUAACAAAAAAGACUAUCUCAGCCCUUUAAUAGCCGUACACUUCAAAAAGCCCAAAAAGCAUACACUCAUCAACGUCGAAUGUCGGGCCUGGGCCAGAAACAUUGUAUACAGACGUAGUCUGCAAAAUCGCGAAGGUUCAGUGCAUUUUGAGUUGAUGAUUGACUAAACGCUGACGUGCCUUUUUUAGUAUACCUAAAAAAACUUACAAACCGACAGCCUAUCAGUGCUACACCCGCAUGAUUAAGAAAUACUUUCAAUUAAAUAAAUCAACGCUUCGUUGUCAAUUUUUUUUUCGAUACUCAACAGAAAAUAGUUGCUGUAUAAUUGUGUAUUGUAGAAUUUGUUACAAAAACAAUGAAUUAUUUAUUAUUGUUGUUCCGUUGAUUAAGCAGUAAUGAUACAAUAUUACUUAAUUUGUUAGGUACGCCCAUUUUUUUACAUUACUUUGUAUAUGUAAGUUUUAGAUUAUUAAUUAUUUUAGAUUAUCAUAUCGUUUCGCGGUGAGAUAAAUUUAUAGAUUAUAAUUCAUGAUAAAAUAUAUCCAAGCUUGAGUACCUUAUGUACUUGCCGCAAUAACAUACUACGAUAAAGCGAUUUUUAUUAUUAAAAAAAUAUUGUUUUUUAUUUAUAAUAAAACGCUAAGAAAUUCGAUAAUUUUCACUGCCUUUCUUAUAAUUUAAUAAUACCUCGUUUUUUUUUCACUCAGUAAUUUUCCUAAGCAAAUUCGGAUUGCAUUUAAUACAAGGUAGGCAUCGUGUACGACAUUAUAUGUUUAAGCGACAGUUAUUAGCAUUUUUUUUAGUAAAUCCAGAUGAGUAUGUCUAUUCCAAGAUCCUGGAUCCGAUUAUUGGGAACGAAGAACUAAUUUUAAUAUAUCCAUAAUAAACUAUUAGUAAUAAUAAAAUCGAUAAAAACUUAAUAAAAUAAUUUUAGUUAGAUUAUUGAUUUGAAUAAUAUGUACGUUUUUAAGAACGUAUAAAAUAAUUUUUUUAACGUACUUAAUUUAAAAAUAAUAAACGCAAAUAUACAUUAUUGCAUACAUUCGUACGUUAGAUUUAACAUAUUAAUCAUUAUAUUAUUAUGAUGUUAUUGUUUGGAAUUUUAACAUGUUGACUAUGUUGCAAGCUAAAUAUUUAUAGCUUUGUAAUUAUUUAUGGUAAUUAUUAUUUAAUUCAAAUUUCCUAGACUAAGUCUGUGAAUUUGUGGUUUUAUGUUUUUAUAUAUUUAUGUUAAUAAAAUUUAAUAUGUUUAGUAAUAUGAAGAUCAAAUAUUUACGUGAAAAAAAAUACUAUACAUAGAAUAUAGAAAAUAUUUAUGGAUUUAAUUUUGAAUUUUUUAAUGGUGUAUAUUUAAAUAUCAGUUAAGUCAUUUUUAAUAAAUGACUAAACUAUUAUGUAAAUGUUAACUAUUGGUAGACUUUUUAUUUAAUAUUUAUUUAAUAAAACACAUUUAAGUUGGGACCCGACAGAAUAAAAUUUAGUCAUUUUAAAAAACUAAAGAUUAGUAUUGAUUGAUAUCUUACAAUGAUUAAAACACUGUCGCUAUACGCUUUUAUGCAUAUAUUUAACUAACUAUUAAACUUAUAACGUUUAUAUGAUAAAUUUAAUAGGAAUAAGUAUAGGUGAUAUCAAUUACUUACAAUAUCUUGUAACUGUUAAAUGGAUUUACAUAAGAAUAAAGAGUAUUUAUGUUGUUAUACUA